AUGACCAAGAUCCUCCUCCACCUGCUCGCCCUAAUCGGGCUGAGCUCAGCGUCCUUCCCCGGAUCCUGCAAAUGCACCCCAGGAGACUCAUGCUGGCCAUCCCUGGAUAUAUGGAAUGCCUUGAAUGCUUCAGUAUCCGGCAAGUUGGUCCGCAACACCCCGCCGGCGAUAUCAUGCUACCCUGGAGCCUACUACAACGAGGAAGAAUGCGCCUCUGUCCAGGCGCGAUGGUACAAUUCUACAUUCCAGUCUCUCGAGCCUAUCGGGUAUGUCUACCCGACAGAUGAUCCGUGUCCGCCGGUCGAUUUGAGCGCUGGGGAGAAGCCUGGGAACUGUACCCUUGGCCCGGCACCUGUAUAUACGAUCAAUGCGACGGAAGUGGAUGAGCUAGUAACGGGAAUGAAGUUUGCAAGGGAGAAUAAUGUUCGGUUUGUGGUGAGGAACACGGGACAUGAUCUUUUGGGCAAGUCGGAGGGAUACGGCGCACUGCAGGUGUGGAUUAAGUACAUGUAUAAAGGGAUCUUAAUCCAAGACACGUAUACGCCGUCCCAAACAUGCAAAAAGUCGAAAUGGAAUGGCACAGCGAUAACAAUUGCCGGGGGCUAUAUCUGGGAUGACGUUUACAAACUCGCGUUUCCACGCAACCUAACGGUUGUUGGUGGAGGUGAUCCGACUGUUGGUUGCAUCGGUGGCUACAUCCAAGGAGGCGGACACUCGCCAGCAAGUCGUGACUACGGACUCGCAGCCGACCAGAUCCUCGAAGCCCAAGUGCUCCUAGCCAACGGCACCACCGUCACUGCUAGUCCGUGCCAGAACUCGGACCUGUACUUUGCCAUUCGCGGUGGAGGGGCCGGAACUUACGGCAUCGUCACCUCAGCCACUGUCAAAGCCUACCCAUCGAAGCCGGUAGUGGCUCAAUCCCUCACCAUCUCGCCUUUGUCAGACAAUCUCGACUCUCUGCUGGAAGCAGUGACCGAUAUCCACGCUGCGUACCCACAUAUCUCAGACGCCGGAUUCUCCGGCUACGGCACCUGGUCGAUUAACAGUCCCACCCCGUUCUUUGGCAACUCAACGGUCGGCUAUGUGCAUGCCAUUGCAGCAAUGGGUGUUUCGCCCUCUGUAGCAAAGACGUCAUUCGAGGCGGUUCUCAAGACAUUGAAGAAAUACAACGGCACUUCCCUCUUCAUCACGGUUACCUGGUUCGAAUUCCCCAGCUACCCAACUUACUACAAUGCCAUGUCUGGCGCGCAGAUCUCUGGAGGCAGCGCCAACUCGGCCUUGACAUCUCGCAUGUUUGAUAAGAAGGCCCUAACCGCAGACCGCACGGCCUUGCGUGAAAUGAUUGGCGUUGUGGCCGGAACCCACGACGAAUCGACAAUCAUGAGCAUUGAGCUAAAUGGCGGAGGUCAGGUUUUCAAGCACGACCCGCUCUCAGGACUUAACCCGGCCUGGCGAUCCGCGUAUAUGGUGGAAGUCGUGUCGAGGGGGUGGUCAAACGACGCAGAUGAGGAGACUGCGAAGGCCGUAAAAACCGACAUCUCGUACAAGAAGAACUGGGCUAUGCGGAGGCUGACUCCCUUUAUGGGGAGUUAUUUGAAUGAGGCGGACCGGAAUGACCCGCUCUGGGCGACGGACUUCUAUGGCACACAUUAUAUCCCCUUGACAAUGAUCAAAAAGAAGUAUGAUCCGGAGGAUUUCUUUUAUUGUCCGACGUGCGUGGGCAGCAAGGCCUGGUAUCAGAAAUUCUUGCCACAUAAGAACUACGGACCGCUUUGCUCGACGGGACUCUGA